GCAACAAUUUUUUCAUACGCACACAGAAAAUAACCUGACCAAGCCCCUCUUUUCUUCCUUCGCAAACAUCAUUACGUGAAAACAAUGUGACUGUUACUAUGCUGAUUAUCGCUGAGCUACUGCACCGAAAGAAUGAUAAGGUAUGUAGUGAUAAACGCGCUUUCCUUGACGAUAGAAUCCUAUUACAGUUCCAUGCAAAUCUUGAGGCAUCGAUCACACGAAUGCUAAUAACUAUCAAGGAAAUCGGUUGUAUAACUGAAUUGAAAAAUGACGAGAAAGAUUGGAGUUGCAUCUCGACUGAAGGUUCAACUGAGAAGUUCAACCGCUAAUACUGUCAUUAAUUCGAAAGACAACUGUACCGAAUUUCUGCUACAAAGUAAUGUUUCGGAAGAGGAGAAGCAAAUGAGACGGAUUCUUACGAUCACCGAGGCUCCGGAAUUUCUCACACAUAAUCCUUACAUUUUGAAUGGGUACAGGAGUUGUAGAACUAAUAAAUUAUGUGUAGAAAGCGCCUUUUGGUGGACCAACGAAACAAUAAACAUCUGGAGUCACGUGAUUGGCUUCUUCUGGUUCUUCGGUUUAACGUUCCAUGACCUUCACUUUCUCGACCUAUCAAGUACAGAUAAAGCAGUCAUAAUAUUCGCGAGUGUAAUUUUCCAGAUUGGUCUGAUUACUUCGGCAAUUUAUCACACCUUUUCCUGCAGAAGUGACACAAUCUACAACACUCUCCUAGCAAUUGACAUGCUGGGUAUUUCCUUAUGUUUAUUAGCUAUUUAUCUAACAGGAGUUCAUUUCGCUUUUUCGUGUUAUGAGAAUCAUCGAUUCUUCUACAUCUCCACUGUAGUCUUAAUUUUCAUAAUUGCAGUUGUAAUGCAAAUUCCAAAAUACAACUUCAGCUCGAACGUAAAAAUAUCAGUGCUUUUUGCUUGGGCAGCUUAUGGAGUUAUACCUACAAUUCAUGGUAUAAUAGUUAUGGGGAUACAGCACCCUAUGAUACAGCAACUAUUCCCCAGGAUAAUCGGCAUGUAUGCCAUAACUUCAUUCGCAUUUUUCCUCUUGGAGACUAAAAUACCUGAACGCUUCUUUCCAGCAGUGAUAUAAAUAUGGCGAUCCAUAUGAAAAAGUUCCUCGUGUGCACUUCUGGUUUCCGGCAUAUCUAUCUUUCAUUAUUUAUGUUGGAAUUAUAAUUCUGUUUCUGCAUGGAAACAUUGAAACGGUUCAAUUUUAAGUGUACAAUUUUUCAUGUUUCGAUGGCUAACUCUGGGCGUGAGAGUCGUCUGAUUGGCUAUGGAAUUACCAUCGAACUAAUCAAUCACAUAUUUACAAAACCGAAAUAAAAAGUGCAAAGAAGUUAUGAAAUUAUUCAGUACUUCAUGUGAUAUGUUAUUGUUCAUACCGCUUUGAUGAACAAUAGUGAAUAUUCCAAGCUGUCAAGGUGUAAAAAAUGUGUGCAACAAUUUGCAAACUUUAUUUACAGGAAAAUGGAGAUGGAGUACCAGAACUCGAGGUGUUGAAUAAGCGCAGGAAAGACAUCAACGAAGAAUUUGAAGUGGAAGUACAGGUAAUGGAGGGAGAUUUCGAUACUGAAUCCCCAUUGCAAUCCUAUCGCUCUAUAGAGAUCUUUGAUGACGAGUCUGCAACCACUGAAUCACUAAAAAAAAUGCUGGAAUCGAUGGGGCACUUGGUUUGAGUCCAGUGAAACGAUAAAAGUUACUGGCCAAAUUAUAAAACUAGUUUGCAAUCUUCAAAUUUCAUUUAAAAUUUAAAGUGAUGAUAACGAGAAUAAAUAUCGUAUAGAUGAUUUUCGAGAAUUCAUUCAACAUUUUUUUUCCUACAGGCGGGAGUCGAAGAAGUAUUCCCCCAGGACUGAGUUUGAAGACCUACAGUAGCUGUGAGAGAUGGACGAAAAUAUCUGUCAUGAAAUGAGAAUUCACCGUUUGCAACGAAUUUAUCUCUCAUCACGUCGGUCGAUUUCACCGCUAUGUUGAUUACGUCGGGUCCUCUCAUCAAUGGUGGCAUUUGUUGAUCGUCUUUGCGUUCUUUUAUUGGCGCAACACUGGUC